AUGCUCCGGUCACUGGGCAUUAUCUGCCUAUUGGGCGCUGCCCUCGCGGCACCGUCACAGUUUGUAUCCAAAAGUGACGAUCUCAUUACCGAUCUUCCCGGUUUGACAUUCAACCCAAACUUCCACCAAUACUCCGGAUUUCUUGAUGGAUCUCAGAACAAUCAUCUUCAUUACUGGUUAGUGGAAUCGCAGACCAACCCAUCUACUGCUCCAAUCGUACUUUGGCUCAAUGGAGGACCAGGAUGCUCUUCUCUUCUUGGACUUCUUAGCGAAAACGGACCAUUCAGAAUCAUUAAAGACAAUAAUACGGUCAUUGAAAAUGUGAAUUCUUGGAACAAAGCUGCCAACAUGCUCUUCCUUGAAUCACCAAGAGAUGUCGGAUUCUCAUACAGAGACGCCUCUGCCACUCCAGAUCUUCUCUACAACGAUGACAAGACCGCAACUGAGAACGCGCUUGCUUUGAUUCAAUUCUUCCAGAGAUUCCCAGAAUACCAAAACAGAGACUUCUACAUCACCGGAGAGUCUUACGGUGGUGUUUAUGUUCCAACAUUGACGAAUCUCAUUGUCAAAAUGAUUCAAAACGGAACUACUCCAUACAUCAACCUGAAAGGAUUUGCCGUUGGAAAUGGAGCUCUCAGCCGCAAACAGCUCACAAACUCUGGAAUCGAUCUUUUGUACUACAGAGGAAUGUUGGGAACCACACAGUGGGAAAAUCUUCGCCAAUGCUGCCCAGAUUCUCCACAAGGACCACUUGUCGACUGCGACUUCUCUCAGUUCGUAGUCUUCGACAAUUAUGGAAAUCCAGCUCCAAGAAACGACACAAAUGAUGCUCAAAAAAUUGCUUGCGGAAAGAUGGUCGUCGCGCUUGGAUUGAACUCGAUUUGGGAAACUUACAACGAUGUCUACAAUUCAUACCAAGAUUGCUACAACUUCGACGCUUCGAUGUUCUCAAGUGCUGAGGAGCGCCAUGCCAAGGUCCACGAGCAAACUAUGCGCAGAAUCAUGAGAACUUCACUUUCUACCAACGGAGCCAACGCCGCGUACCAGUUGUUCAGUACUGGAGUGAACCCAUUCAUCGAUCAAGGAUCGCUGAUCAACAAGAUGUCUACUGAUGCUCUCCAAAGCUACCCAUGCUACUCUGACGAUUCCACUGCUGCGUGGCUUGGUCGCACCGAUGUUCGCAACGCUCUCCACAUCCCAACCAACGUCCAAGCAUGGGCAGGAUGCAGCGAUGAUAUCAAUGAAAAGUACUACAUCCAACAGUACCCAGACAUGACUCCAAUUUUCCAAUCUAUCAUUGACUCUGGAUACCCAUUGAAGGCUCUGAUCUACAACGGAGAUGUUGAUUUUGCUUGUAAUUACUUGGGAGAUCAAUGGUUCGUAGAGAACUUGGCUAACAAUGCCUACAAAAUGACUCUGACCAACCCACGUGCCCAAUGGAACUACACUCGCGCUCAAACUGGAUCCACUUAUGCCCCAACACUCGCUGGAUACCUUAAAUCGUGGAGCUAUAACAAGAUCACAAUUGAUUUGGUUACUGUGAAGGGAGCUGGACACAUGGUGCCAAUGGACCGAGCAGGACCAGCACUUCAGUUGUUCUACAAUUUCCUUUACGGAAACAACAACGGAUACAGCGCCCAAGUUCCAUAUGAUCUUACGGCACUCCCACUUCGUGCACAAUACCAAGCGCCACCACAAAAAACCUGGACUCGCAAGCAAGCCGAUAGAGUCUAUAACCUUCCUGGACUCACUUAUGGACUCAACUUCAAGCAGUACUCUGGAUACUUGAACGGAGUGACUGGAAACUACCUUCACUAUUGGUUCGUCGAGUCUCAAGGAAAUCCAACCACUGAUCCACUUGUCUUGUGGCUCACCGGAGGACCAGGAUGCUCUGGACUUAUGGCUAUGCUAACAGAAUUGGGACCGUUCCAUCCAAAUCCUGAUGGCAAGACACUCUUCGAGAACGUUUAUUCAUGGAACAAGGCUGCUAAUGUGAUCUUCUUGGAGUCUCCACGAGGAGUUGGAUUCUCAGUUCAAGAUCCAAGUUUGAAUAAUGACACUAUCUGGGAUGAUGCGAGAACUGCCACCGACACCUACCUUGCUCUCAAAGACUUCCUUACUGUCUAUCCAGAAUACAUCAACCGACCAUUCUUCGUUACUGGAGAAUCAUAUGGAGGUGUCUACGUCCCAACCAUCACUUCUCUUCUCAUUGACAAAAUCCAGUCUGGAGAUUUCCCACAACUGAACUUGGUUGGUAUGUCCAUUGGAAACGGAGAGUUGUCGGCUGUUCAACAAUUCAACUCUGCCAUCAUGAUGAGCUACUUCCACGGACUCUUCAGCAAGGAUGACUUCGAUUCUCUCCAACAGUGCUGCAAUCAAACCAAGACUAGCUCUCAAUGGUUUGAGUACUGCAAUUUUGCUCAGUACAUCCAUCUUGGACCUGACGGAACCGCUAACCCAAUCGACAACUCUUUCUGUGCCAACAAGGUUGCUGACCUCGGACAAGCAAGAUUCUGGUCUAGCUUGAAUGAUGUGUACAACAUUUAUCAAGACUGCUAUGAAGAUUCUACCCGAGCUUUCGGAUCCAGAAUGACCAUUGAGCAGAAGAAAAGACAUAUGAAGGGAUUCGUCGAUCAAGGAGCCAAAAUCUCCACCUCAUCUACGGAUAAUCAAGGAGGACUUGCUUGCUACGGAACCGCCCAAGCCGCCAGCUGGAUCAAUCUUCCAGAUGUUCGCAGCGCUCUGCACGUCUCUUCUGCUGCCGGAGAUUGGUCUGCUUGCAAUGAUACCAUUAACGGACUCUACGUUCAACAACACAAUGACACCACUUCCGUUUUCCAACACAUCCUCGACUCCAAGUACCCACUCCGCGUUCUUAUCUACAACGGAGAUGUUGACCAGGCUUGCAAUUAUUUGGGAGACCAAUGGUUCAUUGAGGCAUUCGCUACAACCAACAAUCUUCCAGUCACCAAGCCACGUGCUGAUUGGAGAUACAUGACCCAAAUUGCUGGAUAUGCCAAAAAGUUCGAUAACAACGCUGGAUUCUCUAUCGACUUGAUUACUGUGAAGGGUGCUGGGCACUUGGUACCAACUGAUAGACCCGGACCAGCUCUUCAAAUGAUUGCUAACUUCUUCCGUAACCAGGACUACAGUAAUCCAACAGUCAUAGAUAGUUCCCUCCAUCCACUGUUGAAGACCUACGUUGUAGCAGAACAAUUGUCUGCAUCUCUCAACCGUUCGACCUCUGGAAUCAGUUUUAAUGGAAACAGAGUUCAUACCAAGGUUCAUAAAGUUAUCCGUACUGAAUCUCUCAAAAAACCAAUCGAACGUGAUGCCCCGCCACCACCACCAUCGCAAACUAAAGAUCAAGACGAGGUUACAAAUCUGCCUGGAUUGACGUUCACGCCAAACUUCAAACAAUACUCUGGAUAUUUGAAUGCUUCUCCUGGAAACUACCUUCACUACUGGCUUGUUGAAUCUCAAACCAACAAAUCAUACGAUCCUCUGAUUCUCUGGCUGAACGGAGGUCCAGGAUGCUCUUCCAUCGGAGGAUUCCUCGAGGAACUUGGACCAUUCCAUGUUAACGCUGACGGGAAGACACUGUUUGAGAACACAUUCUCUUGGAAUAAGGCCGGUAACGUUUUGUUCCUUGAGGCUCCAAGAGAUGUGGGAUACUCCUAUCGCAGUAACGAAUACUCACCUGACUCUAUGUACAAUGACACAUAUACCGCUUCUGACACUGUCAUCGCUCUGGGCAACUUCUUCAACAAAUUCCCUGAAUACCAAAACCGUUCAUUCUACAUCACAGGAGAAUCAUACGGAGGAGUUUACGUUCCAACUCUCACGCGUGCCAUCAUUCAAGCUAUUCAGUCUAAGACCCUUCUCAGAGUGAACCUCGCCGGAGUAGCCAUCGGAAACGGAGAGCUCUCAGGAAUCCAGCAAAUCAACUCCGCUGUAUCCCUUCUUUACUUCAGAGGAGAACACGACAAAUCCGACUGGGAUGCUAUUUCAAAUUGUUGCAAUAACUCGGUUACACAAACCUAUUGCGAUUACACCCAAUACAUCAACAUCGACACUUCUGGAAACGUUUCUCCAAAACUAAACGACGGCUCGGUUGCUGCUCAAUGUGGAGCUCUCGUCACCCAACAAGGAUUCCUUGACGUCUGGACCACUGACAACGAUGUGUACAACACCUUUGCCGAUUGUUAUGCCGCCCCACCAGCCGGAGAUUCGAAACUUUCCGAACUUUCCGAGGGUAUUCGUAGAGUACAAAACAGAAGAAGAUCCAAGAGAGAUGCUAAUGUUUCACCAUUCCUCCCAUCGAGAUUGUUCGUGGACCAAGCUAAGAAAAUCAACUACAUGUCCACUGAUGCCAAUGGAGGAUUCACUUGUUUUUCUGGAGCUUCUUCCGAAUCCUACAUGAACCUUCCAGAGGUUCGUGCUGCUCUCCACAUCCCAACUAGCCUUGGACACUGGACUGAUUGUAAUGAUGUUAUGAACGAGAACUACAUCCAACAGCACAACGACACUACCAAAGUCUUCAGAGACAUCCUGGACAGUGGAUACCCACUUAGAUUCUUGAUCUACAAUGGAGACGUUGAUAUGGCUUGUCAGUUCCUUGGAGACCAAUGGUUCAUGGAGAGUCUUGCCAAGGAGAGAAAAAUGGAUGUGACCCAUCAACACUCACCAUGGAACUACACGCAACAUCAGUUCUUGCCACGGAGCCGGACAUUUCGUACCACAAGAUCGCCAGGACCAGCUCUUCAAAUGAUUUACAACUUUGUUAACAGCUAUGACUACAAUAGAAACAUGACAUUGGACUAUUCUCGCAAGUCACUCCUCCCUGCUUAUCAACCAGCACCAGUGACUGUCAAACGGAGAAUGGCUGAUCAUAUCUUCUCCCUCCCAGGAGCCACAUGGAAUGUCAACUUCAAUCAACACUCUGGAUAUCUUCAAGCUUCUGCUGGAAACAAAUUGUUCUACUGGUUUGUUGAGUCUCAAUCCGGAAACGAGGGAGAUCCAAUCAUCCUUUGGCUUCAAGGAGGACCAGGAUGCGCUUCGACAGGAGGACUUCUCAGCGAGAUCGGACCAUUCUUUGUUAACCCAGAUGGAGAAACACUCUUCGAAAACGUAUACUCAUGGAAUAAGGCUGCUCACAUUUUGGUUAUCGACUCUCCAAGAGGAGUCGGAUUCUCUUACCAAGAUAAGAGUGUUAACAAUGAUACUCUCUGGGAUGAUGACAAGACAGCUUUGGAUACCUACACUGCUCUUGAGGACUUCUUUGCCGCCUACCCUCCACACCAAAACAGCGAAUUGUACAUCACAGGAGAAUCGUAUGGUGGUGUUUAUGUUCCAACGUUGACAAGACUGCUCAUCCAGAAGAUUCAGGCUAGAGUUUCCAACAUCAAGCUCCGUGGUAUGGCUGUCGGAAACGGAAUGGUGAGCGCUGUCAACGAUGUCAGAACCCUUCCAGACUUCCUCUACUUCCACGGAAUUUAUGAUAAGCCACAAUGGGAGCAACUUCGUGCAUGCUGUCCAUCUAACGAUGUCUCCUAUGACUGCAACUACGAUGAAUACAUUACCAUUGACGGAGGAGUCAACGUUAAGGCUAAGGGCUACCCCAACAACCAGACCCUCCAAAACUGCGCUAACCUUGUUGAACAACUGUCCUAUGACAGAAACUGGAAGGCCAUGUACGAUCAAUAUAACCUCUAUCAAGACUGUUACGCCGUUCCAAGAGGACAAGGAGGACCAUUCGCUGAGAAUGAAAAAAUCUCGAGACUUGACAUUGAGCGUAGACUAAAGACUGUGAUUCCACAAGCUAUUACUAAGACCGCUGCCCAAGACCCAUUGUCUACUGAUGCCACUGGAGGAUAUUCAUGCUGGAGUGGUGUUGCUUCUGACAACUACUUGUCCUUGCCACAUGUUCGUGACGCUCUCCACAUUCCGGACGUCGUUCAAAGAUGGAGUUUCUGCAAUGAGCUCAACUACACCAACUUGUACAAUGACACCACUCAAGUGUUCACUGACAUUUUGAACAGUGGAUAUAACCUGAAGGUUCUUCUUUACAACGGAGACGUUGAUUCAGUCUGCUCGAUGUUCGAAGCUGGAUCCAUGGUUAACAACUUUGCUAAGAACCAACAAUUCGUUUCCAACCAGCCAAGAGGAGCCUGGAUGUAUGGAGGACAAAUCGGAGGAUACGUGCAGAAGUUCCAAAAGAAUAACAUGACAAUUGACUUGUUGACUGUCAAGGGAGCCGGACACAUGUCUCCAACUGAUCGUCCAGGGCCAGUUCUUCAAAUGAUCAACAACUUUGUUCAUGGACAAGGAGAUUACAACACUACCAUUCAAGUUAGCAUGCUUCGCCAGCCACUACUUGCACAGUAUACAGAACAAGGCACCGGACCACUUGCCACCGCUCCACCAGCACCACCAACAGCCUCUCCAGUCACUGUAGUAACUACCCCAACCGUUGCCACCUCCACCAAGUCAUCUAGAAUUCUUUCAGUUUCCCUAUCUAUGCACAUCAAGGCUAUAGUUUACAACAAAACUCGCAAGUAUGCUGGGCAUACCAUCGAUUUGAAUCUCGGGGAUAAUGCUACAGUUGCUGAAGCAAAAUCGAAAAUUGAGGAACUCACAACUGUCCCAUCACAAAUUCAGUGGAUUGUAUUUGGAACUACUCAUCUGGAAGAUUCUAAGCCACUCCGUGAAUAUGGAAUUCGCGAUGGAUACACUAUCUACUCCACUCCAACAUAUGUCGAAAUUCAGGAUAUGCCAAAUCUUUAA